UGCAGUAUUUGUGUGCUGACGGUGCGUCAUCAUGACGGCGACUCAAUCUGUAUUGAUUGAUAACACGGCUGAGUUCGAACGCUUUAUGCAUCCACCUUAUGCUACAUUUAUGGAUUUUCAACGGGAUUUGAGUACUUUUCAGCACGAGACCGCGACGAGCUUUUUUAUUUGGAGUUCCAGGACCGCGGCCUCAUGGUUCAAGGCGUCCGGUGAGAUGCUCCCACCUCAUUGUCCAUACAAGUAUGCCAAAUACACUUGUGUUCACGCACGAAGACGUAAAAAGUGUACCAAGUUUGUGAAUUACAACUGUCCCGCCAGUUUUGUGCUUCACGCUCGUGAGGGUAAAUUUGAGAUAGAAAAUGCUUCGCUACUGCAUUCGCACACUUUUCAUCUCGGCCAGCCUUCUAUCUAUCCGAAAAACAGACGUCUAUCUGACGAACAAGAGCAAGCAGUGCUGUCACUCAUCCGUGCCGGAUCUGGGUCAACCCGAGUGAUUCAGAAAUUUAUCUCUGACCGUUUUGGACGACAACUCAACCGUUCCGAUCUACACCGAAUGGUGCAGCGCCAUUUAAACAAGUCAGGGGAGGAACAGGUGCCUCGGCGGCGGUUCAUCACACGUGGUUCUCACACAACCGAUAGCCCCUCCGAUACGGAAGAAGGCACAUUCGAUAUUGUGAGGAAGUCUGAAGCACCUGAGGUCCCCGAUCCUAAUUCUUCCGAGGAACUCGGCGUUGAAGGGCUUGAUGUAUACGACGACGAGGAACAAGAAUCGAGCGCACAUUCGAGUGCCACUGAAGAUGCGAUAGUGAGAGUAUCCUCAGCACAAGAAGGCUGCCCAAAAAUUGUAAAGACUCGUGUUGAACACCAAUUUUUAAAUGACGAACAGAUGUUUGUGAUUCGAAACCUUCUUUGUAUUGGUAGCGAUGAGCGUGUAAGAUGUUGGAGUCUACGUUCGGAUGGUCGUCUCACCAAGUUAAUCGACGUGCCUGUUGCAAUCAAAGCAGACACUACCAGCACGAAAAAUGGCUAAGCCGAACCUUUCACUCCCGGAGUCCAAAACACCAUUCAGUUAACAAUUGUCGGGUUCGUUCAAUCGACAGAUUAUGACUUCGUCUCCCCCAUUGCGUACCCGAACGUGAAUGGUCUUCCGGUUACACUCCUAAUCAGUGGCUCAACUCAGCCACAAAUCGAUCUUGUACACAUCUCAUCGCGUAUGAAUUGUAAAUCACCCCCUCCGCUCCGGGUACGGCAUCACCCUGUUGUCUUUCCUUUCCCUUAUCGUAUCGAAUAUAACAUCUGACGACUGUAUGUUCGUUCCGUGUCAUAGUGGUUUUCAAUUUGUAUAAAGAAAACUCACUGUACUUUCUGUUGCGUUUUCUUGCAUUCACGCAUAUGUAUUUAUCUAUAUGCUUUAGCUUUUGCUCCUGUGUCGAAAGAUACCCAAAUUGCAGUUUCACACUCCGAACCGUUACCUGUCGAGCAACCUACGAGGUAUUUUUUGUUUGGCUUCUGCGCAUUUCCACUGCACUUCACUUACGGUGCUUAUUUCCCGGUUUUGACACAGUACAGUUAGGCACGAACUUUAAGUAUAAAGCGUCGC